GAAGCGAGAAGGCGGCUCGUGUGUCGGUGUGCUGACAGGUGUGUCCACCUGGACGUGUCUGAAGUGACGUGGACAGACUCAGGUGUGGAUGGAGCUCAACAGGUCGGUGUCAGCGACAUGUUCCCGCUUCCUGCUGCUGUGUGUGUCGGUGCUGAAGGUGGAGCAGCUGUCAGCUGACGGAGGCUGGUCCUCAGAUCCAGACUUCAGCUUACAGGAUGAAGGUCUCUGCAACAUUGACGUGCUGGACAGCUCUUCACUGUCUCAUCAACAGUUCAUGGACAGGUAUGCGUACAGCAGGCCGGUGAUCCUCCGAGGGCUGACUGAUAACACGCGUGCACAUGCUGUAGAUGUUUCCACGUUGUUUCUUGACUGUGUUCAGAGAUUCAGGUCGUCGUGCUCCAAGUCGACUUUACUCGAGGAGUACGGGGAGCGGAGAGUGCGGCUCAGCACGGCGAACACUUACUCUUACAGGAAAGUGGACAUCCCGUUUCGGGAGUACGUGGAUGUUUUACUGAGGCCUCAGUCUGCGGACGCUCUCGGCAGCGACACGCUGUAUUUCUUUGGAGACAACAACUUCACAGAGUGGCAGAGUUUGUUCGAGCAGUACGAGUCUCCGCCGUACGUCCUGCCACGCACCAGCGGAGCGUACAGCUUCGGCAUCGCAGGUCCUGGAACAGGCGUCCCGUUUCACUGGCACGGUCCGGGUUACUCUGAGGUCAUCUACGGGAGAAAGCGCUGGUUCCUGUACCCACCCGAUCAGGAGCCUCAUUUCCACCCGAACCGCACCACCCUGUCCUGGGUGUUGAAGACCUACCCCAACCUGCCCGAGAGCGAGGCUCCGCUGGAGUGCACCAUCAGACCUGGAGAGGUGCUGUAUUUCCCCGACCGAUGGUGGCACGCCACACUCAACCUGGACACCAGCGUCUUCAUCUCCACCUUCCUCGGCUGAGCUCCGUGUUUUUUUCUGAAGGACCACAGACACAUUCCACCUCACUCUUUUUAACAAACUCUCAAAUAAAUUUUUAGAAUGAUAAUAAAAAUAUGAAGACAUCAGAGAUCAA